GCGAAGUCAAAGGGGGCGGUGCGUGACUGCACAAGUAGCACGCACUGGGGAGGCUACAGGCUUGUAGGUAAUACUCGUCCGCCUAACUGCGAGAGAAAAGGGACCGCGAGCGCCUUCAACAAAUCAAGACUUCACGAGGACAACCCGCCGCUCCUCAUCAUGGCUCUGGAUGGAUGUGGCCUCGUCUGCAAAUACACCCUCUUCAUUUUCAACCUCCUCUUUGCGUUGGUGGGGUUUGCCUUUUUGGGCAUCGGCCUGUGGCUGAGGUUCAGCCAAGGGACCAGGGGCAUCUUCGAAAUAGAAGCCCUUAACUCAAGUGCAUUUGUGAUGGCGGUGACCGUACUGAUCACUCUCGGCACAGUGAUGCUGAUCGUGGUGGUGUUCGGGGACUACGGUGCCUGCAAUGAGAAAAGAUGUGCUCUGCAAGUGUUCUCCGCCCUUCUGUCCAUUCUGGCGAUUGCUGACAUCACUGUCGGAGUGAUUGGUUUUUCCAAUAAGGCUGCGGUUGGAAAGCACAUUGUGGAGUUCUACUCCAGCAUGUAUGGUCUGUAUGUGACUGGCGGAGACCCGGUCAUUGGUGUCACACUCGUGUUCAUCCACAGUGUGCUUCAUUGCUGUGGAGUGACCGGGUUCAAGGUGUUGGAGUUGGCUAAUGACACCUGUCCUGCAGCAAAAGCUGUCUGGGAGAAUAUCAAGAUGCCUGGUUGUCCUGCGAUCAUCCUCAGCGUCUUUGACAGUAAAGCACAGCUGAUGUUGGGCAUCUUCAUUGGAACUGGAGUUCUUCUGUGCAUAGCUCUGAUUUGCAGCAUAACCCUCAGCAAAAAGAUCUGUCUGUCCAACUCUCCUCAGUACAUUGUCCUGACUCAGGCCACUUCUGUCAUGUCUCAGCAUGGAUUAGUCUCCACCUCCUACCCCGACCCCUACCCUUACCCCGACCCAGUCGUCUUCACCCCUCUCUCUGUGGCCAACAUCCCUUUGGCUCAGUCAUAGUGUGCUUAUGCUCUAGUUUCCCUCUGUCUUGAUUUCACAACGCUCUUUGCAUAGAGAAUACGCAUCUGUUUUUAAUCCAUUCUUUUCAUGUUCAGUGCCUCUCUGCAUGGUGUCUCCAGUUGUCUUUCAAAGGAAAAAAAAAAUCCACCUUUUUAAAAUGACGACAUUUAAUUCACAGGUUAUUGGCUAAAUGCUGAUACAGCUACAGUGGGCUGCGACAGCUUCAAAUUCCAAGAGCAAUUGUUUAUUAAGCAUACUUUUACACGCAUUACAAUUAUGUAUCACUAGGCUACAUAAAACAUUUAAUUCCUCCACUGAAGUAUGUUAGCUGGACGUUUUGUUUUUCUGUCGUCCCACCAGUGAAGGCUGUGUAUACAGGUAAACGAUACAUAACCAGGGUUGGAUUUUUCCUUUAAGCCGCUACUUAUUUGAGCAUUUUGCCUUUUCUUUUAAAUUCCUCACGCAAGUGGUUGCAUCCAAAUUGAGAGCAUGGGCUGGUGGCUCCCUCGCACUAACCCAUUCUGUGAGGGUUUUAAUCCUGAAGCAGGUUGGUCCCUUCCCCACCCUUCACUUCCCCCUCCUGUGUCUGCAUCACAGAUCACUGCCCUGGUCUGCACCAUUAUCCUGCUGAAGCAGACCAAGAGAGACCAGCAAGCGGUCACUACGUACUAUUCCACGGUGUACUAACGGGAGGAUUCCCGUUUCAACCGCUUGACGACCACUGGAAUUUAGACUCAACCAGCAAAUAAGUGUUAACAGAUUUGUCUCUGUAUAUGAACUACUGUUCAUACUAGCUUUGCUGACUUCAAUUUGAUAUCCUAAAUCAGUGCUUGCAUUUUUUUUCAUAGCAGUUGCCAACCAUCAAUAUACAUUUUCUUUAAAUAACCAUGCUUAGUAAAAUGGAUGUUAGAAUGAGCCUUUAUUCAUCCAGCUAGAAACAGCUCGACAACAAGUGCAUUCUAGCCUGAGAAUCUGCUAAAUAAUGAUGCGUCCCUUUUAUACAAGAAACUUCCAUGUCUUACAUUAGUGUGAUUAUUUUAAUGAGCAGUGUGUUGUCCCCAACGAUGGCUGAUUGUGCUUUUGUCUGUUACAAGUGAAAUAAUUAAAUUCUGAGCCAAUGGCACAUGUUAGAAUUCAUGUGUCUGAAUACAAAAGGGAUUUUUUUUUUUACGCCAUUGAAAACGUGUUCCAUGUCGUUAUGAGUUUCCCUUAAUCUUCACUUUAAUUUUUUAAUGCUAUAGGUGUAAUGUCACAUUGGUACCACUAAUUUAUACGCUGCCUUAAGUUUUGCAAAAAUUGCAUUCCGCUUUAUUUCUUCCAGUUAGGGUGUUGCACCGAGGGCCAAAGGUCAAAUAAAGUCACAGGCAUUCAUUGAGACAUAUUCUGCAGGCUUCCCCAGUCAUCAGGUACGGUUUGAGGCUGUUAAACUGAAUGUAUAAACGAGUGAAUUUGAGUUUAUUCCCUCACGUUUCUGCCAAACGCCUUUUGGACCAAAUAGAAGUACAUUAAGGGAAGAAUUGUUUUUAUUUCUCCUGCUGUAGUACUAUUGCAUUGCACUUUUUUUACAUUUUGUUUUUAAAUAAAUAUGCCAUCGAGGGCUUUUCCCAUCCA